AUUUAUAUAUGACUGACUCUUAGUGUUAAAUUUGCAUUUAAUUUGAAGCUGAGGAUAUUUGUAUCCUUUCAGAAAUGCUUAGUUAAAUUACUAUACCAAUCUCUGGUAUUUUAUAUUAAAUAUGUAGACCAUAAGAUACCUAUUCAAAUGUUCCCUUAUAUUUUUAAAAGUUUAAAGUUUCGUAAAUGUCUGGCUUAAAUAUUUGAUACUAAAUACCUUGAAAUAUGUGAAAAAUGUUCACAUAAUAGACUCUAAUAAGUAUUCUUACCAUUAUUUUCAUCAACUGUUACUGAAUAUAAUGAAACUCUAAUUAUUUAAUAAAUCGAAGAAGGAUUAGAUAAAUUAUAUGAAUCUAUCUAAGAAAAAUAAUAGAAACUCAAAUAAUCUAAAGAAUAAUUCGAUAAACUAGCCUCAUAAUUAUUUAAUUGUGAAGAUGAUGUUGAAGAAAGUAAUUCUUUAGGAGAAGAAAGUAGUAGUAAUGAAGAAAUCAGUAUAAUUUAUUUUAUUAAAAGAAAAAGAAAAAAAUGAAGAUGAUGAAUAAUAACCUAUUAUGCAAUUUAACAAAAAUUCUAAUAAAAAUAAAUUUUAGAAAAGAUCAAUAGAUAUUUUAAAAAAAUGGUUUUUAGAUCAUCUUGAUAAUCCAUAUCCAGAUAAUACAGAAAAACAAAGACUCUCUAAGAUUACUGGUAUGCAUGUUCGAUAAGUAUUAUUAUUAAACAUGAAUUAUUAGAUUUAAAAUUGGUUUACAAACUCUAGAAAAAGAUAUUUGGAACCCUUAAAAAAAAAAUUUGAGCAUGGAUUAAUGAAAGAAAGUGAUAGUUAGGAAGAAGACUCCUCAAAAGAAUUAAAAAAACCUAUGAAACUUACUCAAUAAUAAUAAUAAUAAUAACAAUAAUAACAACAAUAAUAACAAUAAUAAUAAUAAAUAAUCUAAUAAUAAUAAUAAUAAUUAAAUAUUCCCUCAUAAUAAUUAUAAUAAUAAUAAUUUUAAUAAUAAUAACUUCUCUAAUAACAAUUUUAAAUUUAAAUACCUCUUUAAAAAAAAGUUAAAAUGGAAGAGGGUUGUUAAAAUAAACCAUUUGAUGCAAGCAAUAUUAAAUAGGAAGCUAAAACUGGAUAAUGUGCUCCUGAUGUUUAAUAAUUCUAAUAAUCUAACCAAUUCUAAUAAUUUCAAUAAAUGUAAUAAUUAGCUCAAUUAUAAUAAUUGCAAUGGCUUAAUCCUUUAGCUUAAUUAAAUCCUCUUUAAUUUUAAUUGGCACCAUAAUUUUUAUCUCAAUAUUAUAACUUUUAAGAUUAAUCAAAGGCUUCUCCUAUUAGUGGAUUACCUUAAUUACAUUAAGUACCUGUAUUUCCAUUAUUACCCUCAUUGUAGCCAACUGGAUUUUAAUAAUUUCUAUAAUAAGGUUCAUCAUAACCAAUUUAACAAUAAGUUUAAGUACCAACUAUUUAGGCUUCAAUUCCAUAAGUACCCAGUCUAUAAACCCUUUAAGCAGGAUUUUAAUAAUUAAAUGGACAACAUUAAAAUCCUUAAAAUGGAAUUUUUUAUCCCCUGUAUUAGUAAAUGCAAACUGAAUAAAAGAAAUGAAAUAUAUAUUGC